AUGGGCUAUCAUCCUUUUAAAGGACAGAAUACACUUACGUCAAAAAAACGAGACAAUAAUAUUACAGAUAACGAUACAGCUUCAGAAUUUGCUGAUGCUCUUUCCCCUUCUGAUAUGGACAUGAAUAGAGACUUCAACAAUAUCGAAGAAGACCUUGAUGAUAAUAAUGAAUCUAUCAGAGUUCACUUGAAACAGCCACAAGUAAUAGUGCAUGAUAACAGUUCCGAUGAAGAUCAGGAUGAUGAAUCAAAUGAUAAAGAUAUUGUUUAUGGAAAUGCAGAAGAGAACCGUGCUGCUCUCAACGAAAGUUAUGUCGAUGAUACGAAAAAGAACCAGCAGCAGCAGCAGCAGCAGGGGAAGCAACAGCAACAAGACGAGAUAGAGGAGGAGUGGCAGAUGGAUGCUGCUACUAAGAAAUAUCAUGAUAUGUAUAAUUCAGAGAUAAAGCACACCAUUUCUUGGUUCACCGACAGAGCAGGGAAAGAUCAACGAACCUCACAUGAAAGGCUUUUAGAUUGCCUACAAAAGGAUGACAACGAACUAUUCAAAUAUCUGUAUGAUUUAGAAACUUCUCCGUUUACUAAGAAACAAAUGUUAUACAAUGAAAUUGUCAAAUAUUUCGAAAACCAAGGUAUUCGCUAUAGACGAGUAGGGUCUGUUCGAUCUCAUAUCGAUACAUUUUUCUUGGACAAUUAUAACGCGGUCUUAAAGUCCUACAAAGAUUAUUGUAAAUUAUGCGAACAAAGCAAGGAUUCGAAAAAGAUAGACACGAGAAAGCGAACGUUCAAUGAAUAUAUGAAGAAAAGAUGCCCUGAUUUCUAUUUAAUUCUAGAUCUAACAGGUGACAGCAAGCGCGUCCACACACCAAACUCUUCAACGCUAGUAUCAAAUAAUAAAACAAGAACAUCAGCACCACUUCAUCCUGUAGUAGCCAUCGAUACCCUCGAAUCACAUAAUGCUACCGGAGCGAGCAAAUCGUUCAAAACAAGAGAAGACCAACAGCAACAGCGACGAGUACGCUCGCAAUCUCCAUUACAGCAACAGCAGCAGUAUAAUCCUUUUGAUAAUAACUCUACCUUAACGGAGGAUAACAACGAUAUCAGACGACAAAGUUUGCAUGAACGACAAUUGGCUUUAAAGGAGCGCGAAUUAGCCUAUAAAGAACGUAAAUUAGCUUUUCGGGAAUGUGAAGACAGCAGAAGACAUAAGAGAGCAAAAACAAGAAGACUCGAACUACAAAACUUGGAAAUGGAGCAUCGCUUGCUGACUGCAUCACGCCAAUAA